AUGAUAAAAAUGAUCAAAUAGUUGAAUAGCUAAAGUAUUGGUUAUGGUGAACAUUAAAUUGAAUGUUCUGAUUAAGAAAUAAUACCUUAUGACAUUCCCUAAAAUCUAAUCAAUUAUUUAGAAUCUCAAAGUAAUAACACAUAAUCAUUAUAACUAUGUCAACCAAUAUCAAAAGAUGAUUUAUAGUUAAUUGAGCAAAAUAUAUACAAUAUUAUCCAUGUUUAAGACUUUGUAACAAAUUAGGAAUGUUCUGAAUUCUAAAAUUUAGAAAUAUCCUAAUUGAAUAGAAAACAAUAACUUAUUUUAAAAUAUUCAAAAAUAUUUAUCAAACUCAACAAUUUCAAUUAUCCACUUUAGAAUAGUUUAAUAUUAUAAUUAUAAUUUCCUAAUUAUUUAAGAAUUUCACUCUAAAUUUUAAAAAAAGUCACUCAAACAAUACAAUUAUCUAAUAAUAUUAUUUAAUUUAUUAUUAAUUAUGCUUAGAAUAAAUAAUUAGAAUAACCUUAUGUUGAACUUUCAUCAAAGAUUAUAAAAUUAUGUUAAGAAUUUGAUAAUUUGGAUUAAUUUUAAUUAGUAAAUUAGGAAAAUUUGUUGAGUAGAUAACCCAGUGAUGAGCCAAAUUUAUAAAAUACCAUCUGGACAAGAUAAUAAAUGAUUUAAUGUUUGAUUCUUUAUACUAUUGUGAAAUGUGAACUAUUAAUUUUUAAUCAAAAAACUAAAAUCUCAUUCAAUUAUGAAUAAAAUAUAGCAAAUGUUUCUAAACAUAUUAAUAUGUGUACUUAUGAUUAUUCUUGGAGUGAAAAUUGUUUAGGUAAUAUUAGAGAUUACCAUCCUAAAUUAGCAAAAAAACUUAAUAAACGUUAUUAAACUGUUAGAAAUCUAGAAGAAACUGCUUAUGAUAAAGAAACAAGUACAGCCAUAUUCAAUUAUACCUAAUCUUUAUUAGGUUAUUUUCAUCAUCAUUAUUCAUAUUCUUAAAUGUAAUUAAAUUAAGAUGUUAAAAACAAAAUCAAAUCUAUACUAAAUGGAAAGAUUACAGAUUGCGAUUUAAGUUUAGUUAUAAUUGUAGCAAACGCUAUCAUGUUUGUUCAAAUUUUAUAUGCUUUGAAAUGA